AUGAAGGAAGAGCUUGCGGCAGAAGCAUGCUUGAAUGGAUUGAAGAACACUAAAAUUGCUUAUGAAGUCAUGAAUCGUUCUCCCGUGACUAUUUCUGGUGCGGUUGAUGAAGUAAUUCGCCUCCAGCCCAAUGAUAAGGCUACAAUUGGCAGGGAGCAGGAAUCUGCUUCUUUGCUCCAUAAAGCAAGACACGUUACUUGGGAUUCGAAUUCUAAAGAUGAAAGCAAUACCUACAUGUAUCCUGGACGGCCUUACAGCCCAGUACCUGAUAGGAAAGAGUGCAAUCCAAACAAUCUGGAUGGGACCUCUGAUCUUAUUGAAGCCAGAAUGAGAAACAUAGAGGCAAUGGUAAUGAAGCUGCCUGAGAUUCUGGCCAUGGAAACUAAAACCAACGACUCAACCCCUACCUGUUUUGGUUGUGGUCAGAAAGGCCAUUUUAAGAGGGAUUGCCCUCGGGCAGAAAACAUGAGCCCGUCACAGAGCAGGUCGCCAAGUCCGUCCAGAGCGGUAAAAAUUGACCGAGGGAGACCUAAAAUCACAUUAAGUCGGCUCAGUCGUGCCAAAACCAGUAUCAUAGUAGAAGUAGUCGUGGAUAACUUAAAGACAGAGGCUCCUAUUGAUACAGGGGCUGAUGCCACUAUACUGCCUACAGAAAUAGCAGAUAUGAUAGGACUAGAAAAGGGCAAUAAGACUGUCACACUCUGCAAUGCUGAAAAUGGGGCAGAAAUGGAGGCCAUGGGAGGAGUCACUGUGACACUCUCGAUGGCUGACCAUUCUUGGAAGUGGCCAGUUUAUGUUGCACCCAUUCGUCAAUCGGUUUUGAUUGGGAUGGACUUCUUGAAAGCUGUGGAUGCAACCAUUAUUGCAAAACAGGGUGAUAUAAUCAUCAAUAGAGUCACAGUUACCGGGAUUGGGACUGGAGAACACAAACCAGUAACGGUUAAUUUGGGAGAGGAAAUAACCUGCCCGCCAAGGUCAGAGCAGGUUAUAAUUGGUAGAGUCGCAAAACAUUUGCCAAGUCAAACAGCAAUGUUUGAACCAGCCUCUGUGAAAGAGGGGGUAUUUCUAGGUGCAGCACUUGUAACGGUCACAGACACAGUUCCAGUGAAAGUCCUGAACCCCAAUACAAUACCCAUUGUACUGAAAAAGGGCACUCAUUUAGGCAAAUUAGUAGAUGCAGAAGUUGGCAACAAAAUCUGUGAGUGCGAAGAUAAUUUCAAACAAAUCAGAAGUAUUGACAUUGACUCUGUUGUAACCAACGUCCCUGAUCAUCUUGAAGAACUAUUGCACACUGCCUCUACACAUCUACACCCUGCAGAAAAAACACAGCUUGCUGAAACGUUACUGGAGUUUCAAGAUGUUUUUGCUGAAAAUGACGAAGAUCUCGGUUGUUUCAAAGGGGUGAAACAUGCAAUACCAACCGGCGAUGCACAGCCUGUGAGACAGCCUGUCCGUAGAACACCACUUGGGUUUCAGAAGGAAGAAGAGGCUCAACUCCAAAAACUUCUCAACAAUGGAGUUGUCAUUCCUUCCUCCUCACCAUGGGCAAGCCCAGUGGUGCUCGUAAAAAAAAAAAGAUGGUGGCGUCCGUUGGUGCAUCGAUUACCGGAAACUCAAUGA